UUUUUUUAAUCAAUGAAGAAAACCCUUCAUUUCUUCUCCUUUCGUUCGUAAGACAUCCGCCGACGAGACCCCCCUUUUCAUCUUUUCACCAAGGGUUGCAGUCGCUUCGACGCCACCGCACCCCGUGCUCUACCGAACGCCGCUCGUCGCCGUCCGUGGUCACCAGCGUUCUCUCUCUUCCUCUCUACCUGUUUCUCUCUACUAGUUUUCACUGUCACCGCUGCUUGACACCGUCUGUGGGUCGCGGGCUGCCGUUUAACCGUCGAAAUCUUGGUUCUUGCAUUUUCUCUUGGUGAUUUGAGUUCCAAAAGAACGGGAGUGGGAUUUCCAGUGGGUUCUUGUGUUUUCGGCGACUCUCUGGGUGGUUCUUUACUUUACUUAGGAGGGAAGGGCUUGUUGGCUUGUAUUAGAUUGUUUUUGGUUCUAACUUGCAUUUACAGAACUAAGGACUGAAACAAACUAGUGGCUGAUGAAAACUUUAUUCCUUCUCAAAUCCUGCUGCUCGAAAUAUAGUACCCAACCUGUACAGAGUGGAAUUUCAUCGAGCUCAAUUUUCUUUCUGUAGAAGCUUGUUGGCAGUAAUUCAAGCACCUUGUUGCAGAUUGUUCUACUUCUGUUUCUAUUUUUAGCAUUACGGUUGAUUCUACAAGAGAGAGGGUCCAUAAUGGCCUUUAGAGGAAAGGAAAUGAUGAAGAAGAUACUUAAGAAAGUUGGAGAGAACAAUUUGGCACCUGGAGUGAAGGAAUCAUUGAAGAAAUGGGUUCCGGACAGCAAAAUAGUGAUGGGUAGAGCAAACCGUGGUAUUUAUGCUGGCCGUCACAUACGAUUCGGCAAUCGUGUCAGUGAAGAUGGUGGUAACAAGUCAAGGAGGAAAUGGAAACCAAACGUCCAAGAGAAGCGACUUUUCAGCUAUAUUCUAGACCGCCAUAUUCGAGUUAAAGUUACCACUCAUGCCCUUCGAUGCAUUGACAAGGCUGGUGGGAUCGAUGAGUACCUGCUGAAAACUCCAUACCAGAAAAUGGACACUGAAUUGGGGCUGUUUUGGAAGGCAAAGAUUGAGACGCUGUAUGAAGAACUCGGGAAGAUGGAGGUCGUUUUCUUCUCGCCAGAGGACGAAGCUAAAUUUGAACAACGCUUUAAAGACCUGAAAUUAUCUGAGAGGGCAGCACGAAAGGAGGCAAGAAGAAAGAUAUAUGGUAGUUCGACUAAUAAACUCAAUCAGAUCAAAGAGGGCGGAGAAGACACUAAUGUAUCUAGUGAGGAAGCAGCAAGUUCUGAAGGAGGUUCCCAUGGUGAUGACGAUAGUCAUCAGCAGUGGGUUGCCAAUGUUUAAUUACUUGCAGGAGACUUUUUCUUCUUCUCAACUUGGGCAGUUCGAGCUUUGACUUUUUAGUCUCUCUUUCCAAAGCUUUAUUUCUUCAGUUUUCACUAUAACCUUUUGUAGCUUAUAUUUGUAUUUUGUUUGAUAUAUACUGUUAGAAAUGAGAAUUGUUUUUGGAAAUUGAGAUGUGAAAUCUUAAUACUUUUUGUUCAAUAAGAUUAGCCAUAGGCUUUGAGAUUUGAAA